UGUUAAACUGGCUGACACCUGUUGCCUUCUUUGAUGUCGUGUUAAUCACGUGCUUACAUGCGACGUGUUUAAGAAAUAAAUAAUAUAUUUUCUUUCUGAAAUUGCAUUAAGCGAAAACGGAUCUACGUGGAAUAAAAAGAAUACAUACAUAAGGGUUUAUUUUCAUAUUUGAACAGUAUGUCGUCAAAAGGAAGUAUGUCGUCAAAAGGAUGCAUAUUAGCGACUGGAGGUGCUGGGUAUGUUGGGACACAUACUGUGGUCGAGUUACUCAAUGAGGGUUAUGAUGUGGUGGUCGUGGAUAAUCUGGCUAAUGCCACUAUGGAGGGUUUAAAACGAAUUGAAGAAAUUACUGGGAAAAGGGUACCGGCUUAUAAUGUGAACCUUUUGGAUACAGAGGGUCUGAAAAAUAUUUUCUCAGAGAAUCGGAUUACAUGCGUGAUGCAUUUUGCCGGAUUUAAGGCAGUUGGUAAAUCUGUUGAUAUUCCACUGCAAUAUUACAAGAACAACAUAGGCGGUACUGUUAAUCUAUUGGAGGUGAUGAACGAAUUUAAAGUCUACAACAUGAUUUUCUCAAGUUCUGCCACUGUAUACGGUGUACCAGAAAAACUUCCUUUUGUUGAAACAGACAAGACAGGAGGUUGUACAAAUCCUUACGGAAAAACAAAAUUUUUUAUAGAAGAAAUAAUGAAAGACUUAUAUACUGCAGAUCAGCAAUGGAAUAUAGUAAUGCUUCGUUACUUCAAUCCUAUUGGUGCACACAAGUCUGGUAGAAUAGGAGAAAGUCCCAUAGGUAUUCCACACAACUUGAUGCCAUAUAUAUCCAAGGUUGCUGCAGGGGAAUUAGAAUUCCUUACCGUUUAUGGCGGCGACUAUGAAACAAAAGAUGGGACAGGUGUUAGAGACUAUACCCAUGUUGUCGACCUUGCCAAAGGCCAUGUUGCAGCAUUAAAAAGCGUGAAAAACAAGUGUGGCCUUAAGAUUUAUAACCUUGGGACUGGAAAAGCGUAUUCUGUGCUUGAAAUGGUUAAAGCUUUCGAAAAAGCUUCUGGAAAAACCGUCAAAUAUAAGAUUGCACCUCGAAGAGCAGGUGACUUGCCAACGUUCUGGUCGGAUGUUUCUCUAGCUAAAAAGGAAUUAGGCUGGGAGGCGGAGAAAGACCUUGAUGAAAUGUGUGAAGAUAUUUGGAGAUGGCAGUGUAUGAACCCAGGUGGCUAUCCAUCCGGCCAGUCGAAAUCUACCUAAUUAAUGUACUGAAUAGGACUUUUACAUCAAUUCGUACUUAGAGUAACUUUUGUGGGGAAGUGUAAAAUCUUUUAAUCAAUUUUCAAUCAUUAUUUUAGUUGUAAAUCAAUACACAAUUCUGAGUUGAUAAAACAGCUAUAAAACAAUAAAAUUAUUCUAAAACA